CAUAUGACAUGUAAGAAAUUAGUAGGAACAUACUGUUAAAAUGGGAACGUAUACAAAGUUUGGAUUUAACAGAGAGUCCGUUUUCAACAAAAAUAAUAAAAAGAUCCGGUUGCGCUGACAGGAAGCAAGGAGAGACUCAUGGCGCCCGACUAGAAUGAAGCGACAAUUAUCGGUUACUAAUCCCUGUUCGAUUUAGCACAUCUACACUAAAGGACGCCCUUCUACUCGAAAAUACACGUCAUGGAUUUGGAGGAGAAUGAAGUGGAGAGCAGCAGCGAUGCAGGGCCGUCGGGGAUGGAGGAGCCGUCUGAAAGCGGUAUGGGUAUGGAGUCAUCUGAGGCCAUGUCUGCAGACAGCAGUGAUGCUGCUGCCUCUCAUGCACAGGCCCCAGAGUCUGACUGCCAUGUUGGACAGAGCUCAGAGGGACUUGUGGUGUUCAUCCCAGAAACCAGCUCCAGUACAGAUGUCAGAGUUUCAUCAGUCCACCUCCCAGAUUCCUCCUCAGUGGCCCAGUCCACCAGCGUUUCCAGCGUCUCCACAGUGACUCAGUCAGUGCUGGUGUCUGAGUCAGCCCAAGUGCUGGUCCACUCCAGUGCUGUGUCUGAAGGAGCAAUGAUGGUUUCAGACUCGACUGCCUCUACCUCGUCAGAUCUGGGUUCUGCCAUUGACAAGAUCAUAGAAUCCACCAUAGGCCCUGACAUCAUGAAUGGCUGCAUAGCUGUGACCAGUGCAGAAGAUGGUGGUGCAGAAACAACCCAGUACCUGAUAUUACAAGGACCAGAUGAUGGGGCUCCCAUGGUAGCUCAGAUGUCAUCUUCUGCCCUGUCCAAUCGUAUAGCCAUAGAAGCUCUCGCUGAAGGUCCCACAUCCACCUGUCUGGACCAGGGAGACCUGCAGGGCAAUCUGGAACCUGACCAGCCUGAUGAUCAACCCGGACACUCAGGUUACCCAGAGGACAGCAGCAGUCAGCCUGACCAGCCCCAGCAUUCCCACCCAUCCCAGUACAUGGAUUGCAGUGCAGAUGGUCCUGACCAGACAGAAGAGUCUUCGUCUUCUUAUGUGGAGUGUUCGGGUGAGGAGCCUGACCAGACACGCUCUCAGUCCGGCUUUCCUGACUACAGUGGUAAUAACAGCGAUCAGGAUUUGCCUGGAUACGUGGAGUGCAGUGGAGCUGACUCAAAUCCCACCAGCCGAAGUCACUAUGUUGUGGAGUGCAGCGCUGGGUAUCUUGAGUGUGCAGAAGACGAGGAAGAGCAGCCACAUCAUUCACGCAGUUACAUUGACAGUAGUGCAGAUCACCGGACACAGACAAGUAGGCAAUAUGCUGCUGAGUACGGGGGAGAAUGUGUUGCGGCUGCAGACUCUGAGCAGCCAGGUUGUUCUCGUUACCAAACAAGGGACGAUGAUGAAGAUGACGAGCGAAAUCAGGAUCCAGAUCAGCCACAGCACUCUCAACAGCAGCCCCAGCACUCCUGUUACAUGGAGAGCAGCAACGGUCCAGAGGCCUCUCUCUAUGCUGAUGACAGCUCCUCAUCAGACCACCCUCUGGCAGACACGGCUGGUUCAGGCGGACUUCCCGAAGCACUGGAAUGCAGUGAGAGCCAGCCUGGGCCCUACAUCAGCAGCAGUGGCACGUAUACCUCUAAUCCAGAGCCUGAGCUGGCCCAGCAGUGCUCACCGAGCCAAGAAGAGCCCCAAGGCUCCCAAGAUGAAGCUGGUAUGGUCAGGGACAUGGAGACAUCAACUGUGGAAGAAGGCUCUGGAGACCGACCGCCGAACCUCGCAGAGCUAGAGGAGAUGAUGGAAGUAGUGAUAGUACAGCAGUUCAAGUGUAAGAUGUGUCCAUACAAGAGCGCCUCCAAAGACACACUCAUCAACCACAUGAGAGAUAAACACUUCAAACCUGCAGGAGACACACCAAAAAAGCGUAAACGUGGACGACCUCCUAAAAGUGAGACGUUGGCUCGUCAAAAGACAGAGAAGGAGGACGCAGGGGAGAGGAAGGAAGCAAAGGUGAAGGCUGCUGAGCCUCAACAAGCAGAAGAAGAGGAGGAUGAUAUUGUGGAUGCUGGUGCUAUUGAUGAUCCUGAAGAGGACAGUGACUACAACCCAGCAGAAGAGGAUAGCAAAGGAAGACCACCCACCAUUAUGAAGAAACCCACUACUCCCAUUUCCUCCUCCUCUCAAGGACGUCCUCGACGUAAGGUCGGUCGUCCGAGGAAGUACUGCGUUUUAGAUGAAGGCUCCCGCAGCAAAGAAGCAGAAAGUCUUAGUAAGAAGUCCAGGAUCAGUGCAGAUUCUAAUGUAUCUGAAGAGGCAAGCUCUUCUGGGCUAGGGACUGGUCCGGUUAUCGUCACCGAUGGAGACACAGCUGAGGCAGCAAUAAGCCAGUCAGACUCAGAAAACAAAGACCCUUCUUCCAACACACAGCCAGAGGAGGAGUUCUUCCCGAGAAAACGUGGCAGACCAUCUAAGCGCUUCCUUCGCAAGAAAUAUAAGAAGUAUAUCAAUCGAAAUCGGUACUAUAAAUCCCUCAAACCGCUCCUCAGACCUCACAACUGCUGGAUCUGUGGCUCACGUUUCCUCACCCAGGAGGAUUUGCGCUUCCACGUGGACUCUCAUGAAGGCAACGACCCCGAGCUCUUCAAGUGUCUGCAGUGCAACUAUCACUGCAAGCGCUGGUCCUCGCUCAAGGAACACAUGUUCAACCAUGAGGGCACAAAGCCAUUCAAGUGCGACGAGUGUGAUUACACAAGUGUUUAUAGGAAAGAUGUAAUUCGCCACUCAGCAGUUCACAACAAAGAAAAGAAAAGGAAAACAGAGUUGGCACCAAAGGUUUUAGAGUUUCCCUGUCCAGUGUGUCAUAGAGUUUACCCCAUGCAAAAGAGACUGACCCAGCACAUGAAAACCCACAGCUCAGAGAAACCACACAUGUGUGACAAGUGUGGCAAAUCCUUCAAGAAGCGGUACACAUUCAAAAUGCACCUACUGACCCACAUCCAGAGCCUCGGAGACAACAAGUUCAAGUGUGAGUUCUGCGACUACACUUGUGACAACAAGAAGCUGCUGCUCAACCAUCAGCUGUCCCACACUAACGACAGGCCUUUCAGAUGUGACUACUGCAAAUACUCCACAUCUAAAGAAGAGUUCCUGGUGUCACAUUUGGCCAUCAAACACACUGGCGAGAAGCCGUUCUCCUGUGAAAUGUGCCACUUCAUGACCAAGCACAGGAAGAACCUGCGUCUUCAUGUGCAGUGUCGCCACCCUGAGGCGUUUGAGGAGUGGUGUGUGUCUCACCCUGAAGAGCCUGUGAGGAGACGACGAAGACCCUUCUUCACCCUGCAGCAGAUAGAGGAGCUCAAGCAACAGCAUGAUGACACACAGGGCAUGCAGAACACUAUUGUUGCAGUGGAUUCUGCAACACUACAAGCCAUGCAGAGUAUGGAAAAUGCCUCAGUGUCCCAGGAUGCAUUGGGAAACACCACAAUCAUCUAUGAACAAGCUGAAUCCAGUGAUCUGUCUGCUCAGAAUGCCCUGGACCUGCUGCUGAAUAUGAGCAAUGCCCGGGAAUUAGUUGGAAACUCCUUACAGGUAGCAGUGCUGAAGUCAGAGGGAAAAACGUUGGAAAAGGGCACUUGGAGUACGGUGGCCACAGCGCCAGGCCAGCCCCAGAAGAUCGUGACCUUCCAUGUGUCUGAAAACGGUGAGACGGUGCUACAAGAGGCCUACGAGGCAGCCACAUCUGAUACAGGAGAACUCACCCACAUCGCUAUUGAAGCAUAUGAGAGGGGAGAAGAGUUCAGUGUGGUGGAGCAGGCUGCUGAAGAAAUCCAUAGCCCAGAAUACAGCAAUGGUGAGAGCAGUCCUUGUCAGGCUUUAGAAGUCUCCGGGUCAGAAAGCCAGAAAGGUGACAAGUACUAUCUUGCUUCAGCGCUGGGUGAUGGCGUUUUGCAACAAGUGGAGCUGAGCAGUGAAGCUCCAGCCUCUCCCUCUGCAGUGAGCUCUCCUAGUCUCAGCACCAAAAGGUUUUCCUGCCGAAUCUGCAUGGAGUCUUUUCACGGACGCUCUGACAUGGAGAACCACAAGAGGGCGCACUUGGAUGCCAACACAUUCAAGUGUCCAGACUGUGACUUCACAUCAACUUCCUGGCCUGAGGUCAAGUCUCACAUGGAGCUGCAUUCCUACUUGCGUCCUCACAAGUGUCCAAACUGCAGCUUUGCUUCCAAGAACAAGAAAGACCUGCGUAGACACAUGAUGACCCACACCAAUGAGAAACCAUUUUUGUGCAAACUUUGUGGACAAAGGUUUAACCGUAAUGGCCAUCUGAAGUUCCACAUGGAGCGUCUCCACAGUCAGGAUCAUCCCACUCGGAAAAGUCGUACCACCCCAUCUCAGCAAACCAUUAUAGUCAACAGUGAUGAGGAGGCCUUGGCCACACUACAGUCCAUACAAGCGCAUCAGACGGUGAUCACUCCAGAGCGGCUGCAGGCUCUGGGACAAGAGCACAUCAUCGUGGCUCAAGAACAGGCUCUAUCAGACCAGGAGGAAGGCACAUACAUCCAGCAGAUAACCACCAUAGAUGGACAGACUGUGCAGCACCUGAUGACAGGAGACAACCAGGUGACUGAGGUCCAGUAUAUCAUCUCACAGGAUGGAGUACAGCACUUACUUCCCCAGGAGUAUGUAGUAGUAGCAGCUGAUGGCAACCACAUACAGAUGCCAGAUGGACAGAUCAUCCAGUAUGAGCAUGACAGGGCCUUUGUGCAGGAGCAACAGAUUGCUGUGAGUCAUGACGGUCAGAUCCAGUACCUUCCAGUCAGCUCAGAGCAGCAGAUAGUGAAUUCUGAAGAUCUGGAGGCUGCUGCUCACUCUGCUGUCACAGCUGUUGCAGACGCAGCCAUGGCGCAGACCCAGACUGUCUACACUGAAGCUACGCCUGAACAGCUGGAGCAGCUGCAGCAACAGGGCAUCCAGUACGACGUCAUUACUUUCACCAACGAAUAGCGUUAAAAGCGUGCGCAGAGCAGGACCAAUAGAAACCACUAUGAGCUGAUAGAACAGUGACCUCAACUUAUUUAUGCAUUCAGCAGGCUGUGAACUUAAAGCCUUAUAUUCUCCACAGCAUCACCUGCUCGGGGCGGCUAGAUUGUUCAAGAUCAACAGCUUUUUGUACAUUCAGAAUAUUGCACCCAUUGCUUUUAACUUACUCAUAGGGGCUGUGCAUUUAAGAGUUAAUUUAAGCAAGGCCGAUCUUUUCUGUAAUUAUUGAACCAGAUAGAUGCUUAUGUGCCUCAGCUGCUUGGAUUUGCAAGGCAAUGUUACCAGAGAAAAUAAAAAGGCUUCUAUCAUGAUUGAGGAAAAUGUACGAGUGAACAUUUUAGUUUUUGAAUGAAGUGAAAUGAAAAGGGAGUGUUUAUUUUCCAUUUGUAAUAACAUAUAAUUGUUAGAAUGCUGCAGCAUCAUGUUUACUGAAUGAAAAUGUACAUAGGUUUUGAAUUUAUGUUCUGUUGUGUGAUGGAAGAUAUGGUUUGAUUUGGCAAGUAUAAAUGUUUAAUAAGCUGAAAGCUGACACCAAAUAUAUCAUUUUGUUUAUA